AUGAAAUCUUGCUUUAGUGAUCGUCAUACCGACCAGUCAGUUGCUUUAUUUCUUGGUGGGAAAUUAUCCUGGCUAAGUUGCUGUAAAGGAUACAGUUCAUCGUCAUACCGACCAGUCAGUUGCAGGUCGCCCCAAUGCGCUCUAGCCAACAAACCAGUGAUCAGUACACGUGAACUGUGCAAUGGCACUGCUAAAAAUGCUUGUAGCAUUUACAUAAAUAACCCGGUAACUCGUUCAGUAGGCAAAGGUGAGCUCAUUUCAGAUCUUUUAAAUGUUACCUCUAAUCCUGAUAGCCACGAAACACCAGUUACGUCGCCUCGCAGGUGUUCUUUUGGUUCUGCAAGUACUGCUGGUAAUAUCUUAAAUAGACUUGCAAAAACAUCUAAAGGAAGUUCAUCAGUUCUUUCUCUACUCCCACAACAUGCAGUUUCAUUUCGAUUCUCCCGUAUAUUUGCGCUGGAUUUACACGAACCUGUUACCAAUGAAAAAACUAGCGAAACAAGAGGUAAGAUUUAUUUUGGUGGUGGACCUUACCUUCAUUAUAUGUCUGACGUUGAAGAUUUUGUUGAUCGAGUUUUAACUUACGCACCUCUCCUGAUAAACCCAAAAGGCAAGGAAGAAUAUUUCGUUGAUUUAAGAUCGAUGAAGGUACAUGGUAUAACUGUACCAAUAAACAGAAAGUUAUUAUCUAUCAACAAGAAAACAGGAGUAGGAGGAACGAAAAUCGACAUUCGGAUUCCUUAUACUACUAUGGAGACAUCAAUUUACAAGGCAUUUACUAAAACUUAUGCAGAAUGGGUUGAACGCUAUAACGCUAAUUCCAGUACCUCGUUGAACAUUUCUAUGGUUACUCCGGUUGCGCCUUUUACCACAUCUUUCAACUCAUCCACUGUGCCAAUGGUGAAUAUGUUUCAUAGAACUGAGACACCAAGUGUAUCUUUCAUCUUUCCCAAGAGUGUAUGGAACAUCGUUUUGUUUGAUCUAGUAAGAGUUAGUGAUGGUGUUGACUGUGUGGGAUUUGUUGAUGGAGGUUCAAAGCCUACGACUUCCAUUGUCAUCGGUGCACGCCAGAUAGGUUUCCUUCAGUUUGAUAUUUCAGGAUCGAAAUUGGGGUUCGGUGAACCAUAUAUCCAUGAAUUCAUGCAACGAACAUCAAGUUUGCUUGUAACAUGGUUCAUUUCUUUCUUUAAUAAAAUCAUCUCUUCUUUCGAUCCAAAAUUUAAAAAAAAAUUGGAUAAAAUUUUUUUAGAGAGAGCUAGCCAUACUUGA